CCACUAGUCAGUUGUCUAGAAGGCUCGUUUGUUGGCGUCACAGCUGUAAAUACAUUGGACAUGAAUACAUUAAAAACACUUUGAAUGAGGCGAUAUGCAAUGAAAAUUUGAAAGUAACGGCGCUCUUAUCGUCCCCGAGACUCCCGCGCUGCUGUUUUUAUAUCCACGGUUAGCUUAAAAUAAGCAAAUCGACGAAGCUAACAGGCUAGCGGACGUUAACGUUACUUUGAGGUUAAGUGGUCCCGCAGCUGGCUCAUGCUAGCUAAUUCAACAUGACACAGCUAACUAACGGAAGCUAACGUUGGGCACUAGGUUGUCGCAUUUUUGAGACUGUGUUUCUUUUUACGGAUAACUACGUAGAAAGGUAACUUUUAGGUGUAACAAUGGAUAGUCGUGGGAAGUAACGUGGGUCUAACCGCGAGCAUGGAGUCCCUCGGUUAUUUACAACUGGAUUUCCACAGUGCUGUAUUAGCUAGCUCGCUCUUGGGAAUGACGACAUUGGCUCCGUGCAGCUGUGUGAACCAGGGGUGUCGGUGAUGCUGUGGGCCGGGGUCCCGGUGCUUUGCUUGUCCAAACUGGGACAGAGCAGUAACUCCGCAGUAUAAACCAUGAAAAAUUGCGAGUAUCAGCAAAUCGAUCCGCAGGCACUUUCGACACCCACGCCGACCCCUCCGCCUCAUGCCGCCGCUGCCGAAAGUGGGAAUGAGCAGGACAAGAAAGCGAAGAGACCGAGGAGGAAGUGGGAAGUUUUCCCCGGCAAGAAUCGCUUCUAUUGCGAUGGACGGAUCAUCGUGGCCCGGCAGAGCGGCGUCCUCCCCCUCACCCUGGGCCUCAUUCUGGUCACAAGUGGAUUAUUCUUUAUUUUUGACUGUCCCUUCCUGGUCAAACACCUGACCGGCUGCAUUCCUGUCAUUGGAGGAGUCCUCUUUGUAUUUGUGGUCAUCACCCUGCUUCAGACCAGCUUCACUGACCCGGGCAUCCUGCCCAGAGCAACACCGGAUGAAGCCGCAGACAUCGAAAAGCAAAUUGAUAACACUGGAAACACCACCUACCGCCCCCCACCCCGCACCAAGGAAGUCCUCAUCAACCAGCAGGUAGUGAAGCUCAAGUACUGCUUCACCUGCAAGAUGUUCCGGCCUCCGCGAACCUCCCACUGCAGCCUGUGUGACAACUGUGUGGAGCGAUUUGACCACCACUGUCCAUGGGUGGGGAACUGUGUGGGGAAACGCAACUAUCGUUUCUUCUACACUUUCAUCGUGUCACUGUCCUUCCUCACAGCUUUCAUCUUCGGCUGCGUGACCACACAUCUAGCACUGAGGGCACAAGGUGGAAAAGGCCUGGUAUUCGCUCUCCAGGAGAGUCCAGGCAGUGCAGUGGAACUGGUGAUUUGUUUCUUCUCAGUUUGGUCCAUCUUGGGCCUCUCAGGCUUCCACACAUACCUUGUUGCUUCCAACCUGACCACCAAUGAAGAUAUCAAAGGCUCCUGGUCAGGGAAGAGUGGGGCAGAAGACACAACCAACCCAUACAGUCACAGAAACAUCUUCAUCAACUGUUGCUCUGUGCUCUGUGGACCCAUGCCCCCCAGUUUGAUCGACAGACGAGGCUUCCUGCCCACGGAGGAGUCCGCCCAGACCAGCAGCGCAGAGGUUGAGACACCCAGUCUGGCCGCUAAAAACGAGAUAAACGUGUGCACACAGGGAACUAAAGGUUUGCUGGAGUCGGCCACUCGAUCUCCGCUCCUGUCCAGCUCGUGUCCUCAGGGGAAAUCUCACACAGCUCACACCUGCCCAGACAACAGCGUAGUGGUGAACUCUGACCUCUCAGCAGGGCUCUCCACGAGCUGCCGGGCCGACCAUACUGCCAGCUCCCCAGGCAAUACUUCUCCUCCUCGCCACACCAAGACCCGGUCCAAGCGGAGUAAACGAGUGGCUUUGCAUAUUCCCAACCCUGCCUUCGAUGUCUCCAGCUCCCCUGCCUCUCCAGACCCGGGCCCAAGCUACAAAACAAUGGACCACAAAGGUGCCAGCUUUGCCCCAUCGCACUGACUGACUUGAAAGCUGGCUUCUUCAAGUAAAUAUACAUAGUCCGAAGCUUGCAUGCUGUAAUAGAGUCAGAUACAACUGGUAUCAAUUGUAAUGGUUUAUUUUUAUUGUUUGCUGGUUCUCUGAAAGCACUGGGUCCAGGCAUAGACAAAGGGGAUGACAAUCACAAAGACAUGGAUGAACAUCCUUUUGUGCACAAGACAGGCUAUACCUGUUGGUAAAUGAAAACUGCAGUGAAACUGCGAGUGCUAGAGAAGACUGAAUGAGCAUGACUUUGAGUGACUGCAACGGACACAACCCAUCCUUUGGUGUGGAAAGAGAAGCACAUGAAAAGAUCAAAUCUUUUUGAUGAAUGAAUUGGUGUUCCCAUUGAGCCAUAUAUCCCCCUGAUGAUUCUCAUGUAAAACAUGAAUUACCAGCAUGUCUAAUCCACCAAAUAUUGUGAAACAGUAGCUUUGUUGUAUUGGGUGGACAAACUCUGGGACCAUGCAACCAUUAGUAACUUGCCUGAAAACUUUUUUCUUAGAGGGCCAAAGCUCAGAAUUUGUAUGCAUCUGCAAAGCAGAACAGUAACUGUUGAAUUUGUGCAAACAACCAAGUUGUUUGAGUGUGUAUCAGUGUGUACUGUAUGUUCAGCUUUCAGGAGACGCUUUUCACCAGAUGACAGCGCUGUAAAAAUGACUUCUUUAGAGGAACAUUGGCAGAAAACAAAACUGCAUGAUAAUGAUAGAAGCUGUAUUCUGUGGUGAUUUCUUAUUUUCACCCAUUCAAAACACCACCUUACCUCAGAGGUCCUCUACCCCUUUUCCCUCCAGAGGACUGUUAGUUUUUGUAUGCAGCCUCAUCGCUGUGUACCUGAGCUGAAGCAGCGUUGCUGUCCCUGACCCUGCCCUUCUAUCUGUCUGAGCUCAGAGCGAUGUAAAGGUGUGUCCAUGGCUUUUCCUGAAAGGACAGCUUUCCUAGCCGUGAAUCACUCAAUUGCACCAGAGCCAGAGAGACCAUAGCAUAGUAGCUAAUACGGGCUGGUAACACAAGGACAUGGAUGAAGUUAUAGGCACUGUUAUCAACAUUUUUUAACAAAUUAAAACUAAAAACACCCAAAGCAGCCAUGGAAACUAAUUCUGUUAAACAGAACUGGAAUUAGGCAGACUUCACCAAACUGUCCAAAUGUUUUCAUUGGCUUUUUGGCAAUAUAGAGCUCUUGCAUUUGUUAUGAGCCCUUUCACCAACAAAUUGACAUGGCAGCACAAAGUCUCAACACUGACCAACAUUUUUGUAGUUUCGUAAGUUGCUAAGUUAGACUGAUUGGCAAUAGCAGCCACCGUGCUGACUGAAAAGUACAUGGUUAGCUCUGCCUACAGAAAUCAGUUAAUACAGAUUCAAUAAUGGAGUGAAAAUGGAAUAGCUUUCCAAUAUCCAGUUCCUCUUCACAUUCAGUUUGUCUCAAUGACAGCAAUACCAGUUUUCUCCUCUCUCUAACUGUAUAUAUAUAUAUAUUUUUUUUUGUGCGAUUUGACAAAUCCAAGAAGGAGUCUUCUGUAGGGUGAAUGGUGAGGAUGCUGGUUCGGUCUCAGGUGGAAAGCCACGAUACACAGUAGGUGUUAGUAUUCAAUAUGCAAGUUCUAUGUGAAAUACAGUAUACCAUGUCUAUCCACAUUGUAACACGAUGGCAAUAGCUGCACAAAAAUGCAAUGAUCUGAACAAUCAUUAUCUCCAUGCACUAAGAGGUAGGCACGCACACACACACACAAUCACUGUUCAUUUGUAGUUCACCUAACUAAAGUGUGUUCACCUAUGGAGUGUUAACACUGAGUAGAGCAGUCAUCACUUCAUGUGCAAUAUUAGCAGUCUUCAAAGUCUUUCAUCCAAACUCCUUUGACUAGAUGUCAAUGACAGCAAAACACCCAAUGCAUUUCUGAGGAUAAAUAUAAUGUAUUUGUAUGAGAUGUAAGGUUAUUUUUGCCAAUGCUCCUGUCAAAUUAAAGGAAAAGGAAAAUAAAACUCCGUGAAAUAAAAAGGCUG